GCGUUGAUGCUGUGGGUGCAUGUGGGUGUCUCUCAUCAUUAAGAAUCCUGGUGACAACAAAACCCCUGAACCCGGCUGUGCCAAAAACUGGUGGUACAACUUCCUCUACAUCAACAACUUCUUAGACAUGGCCACAGGAAAAGAGUGCAUGGUGUGGACCUGGUACCUGGCUAAUGACAUGCAGUUCUUUGUCAUCAGUGUCCCAAUCAUCUGGAUCACAUUCAGGUAUUUCCUGGUAGGAAUGAUCACCCAGGUUGUUCUGCUGCUGGCCAGUUUUGGAGCGACAAUCGGCCUGGCCAUACACUAUAACCUGCAACCCACCAUGUUAUCAGCUGGGUAAGUCACCACUUUUUUUUUAACGAAGUGGUUCAAUUCAAGUCCU